GCUUUGGGUUCAUCAAGAGUGAAACUUAUGGACGUAUUCACUUAAUUACCACAAGACAGCAGCUCAAAACACAGAGAAGAGAUAAAGUAAAGGCGUGACUGACGAGGACGUUUUUCCAGAUGUAGAUAUGAGUGCUGAAAUCGGCACCAUCCCCACGUUACAAUUGUAUUUGGAUUCCCUUUGGUCAUCCAGCGUAGGAUCACACAAAUCUGACGCAAACACCAACGCAUGGGUAACAGCACCUGCGUCUCUGUACAAGCCUCCCGUUUUCUGUGACGCUAGAAUGGACCCGGCUCAGCCCAGCCCGACUCCAGAUGAAUCCUCAGAACUGGGGUCUGACUUUCAGACCCAGCUCGACCUGUUCCUCAAGCUGGGGUUUUCCCAAACGCAGGUCCGCGCCGCUUUCCUGAAACUCGGCCUCAGCGCAGACACCAACAGGGUUCUGGGCGAGCUGAUACAGGCUGCUGGGGAAUCUGAAGAGAUAGAGGAAUCUACAGCCUCCCCGGUGCUGGUUCCACGUGGGGAUGGAUCCAGUAAGACCCAAAAUCAAAGUGCUCCGGCAAUGUCAAGUGCUCCAGAAGAGCUGGUAGAGGAUGAGGACGCACUCAGACCUAUAGUCAUUGAUGGGUCUAAUGUAGCCAUGAGCCACGGGAACAAGGAAGUUUUUUCCUGUCUGGGAAUUCAGCUGGCAGUGAGCUUUUUCCUGGAGCGGGGUCACGUUGACAUCACGGUGUUUGUGCCUUCCUGGAGAAAAGAACAGCCGCGACCUGAUGUACCCAUUACAGAUCAGCACAUUCUGCGUGAAUUAGAACGGAGGAAGCUCUUGGUGUUCACACCAUCCAGAAGGGUGGCCGGAAAACGAGUGGUUUGCUAUGAUGACCGUUUUAUCGUGAAGCUGGCCUACGAAUCCGACGGCAUCAUUGUAUCCAAUGACACCUACCGAGAUCUGCAAGGAGAGCGUCCUGAGUGGAAGCGUUUUAUAGAGGAGAGGCUUCUGAUGUACUCGUUCGUCAAUGACAAGUUUAUGCCUCCAGAUGACCCUUUGGGAAGACAUGGACCCACCCUCGACAACUUCCUGAGGAAGAAUCCACGUAUACCCAAAAAACAGCCCUGUCCUUAUGGAAAGAAGUGCACUUACGGAAUCAAGUGUAAGUUCCAUCAUCCGGAGCGAACCAAGCAAUCCCAGCGUGCCCUGGCCGACGAGCUUCGGGAGAAAGCCAAAAUUUCAUCCACACCGCACAAACCUCAGCCGCUUUCCAGUCAGAGUCCGUCUCUGGAUGAAGUUAUGGAACAGAAACUGUCCCUCGACGUGUGCGAAUCUCUCAAGAAGAGUUACGCCAGUGAAAAUGUCCUUGUCAUUAAAGGAGCCCCCCAGCUAACGCAAAGGAAGUUUCCUUCGAAAAAAGAACGUCGGCAUUCGUCAACAAGCCUAGAUUCUUUUACCAACGGAUCUCAAGAGUGUAUGGAUUCUGGCUUGGGUUCCUACGAAUGUCAUUCUCAUGAAGCUCCUCAUUGUGAUCGGAAGUCCAAACCAUCCAGCAGUGGGCGGCAUCUCUACGUUCUGGCCAAUAGCCAACCCUGCAGUUGCUGUUCCUACCAAUCCCUCAGAGCUGGUGGAGCCGGUCAGCACCACAGCGGCUCACCAAACCCGGGUUACGGUCAACCCCGCUAUCACUCCUACGGCGGAGGUCCAAUUUACCCUCCCGCCAACAUGUCCCAGUAUUCAUUUCCACACAGCAGAGGGCCUCCUCCCCACCAGGGCUACUGGUCCGACCAUUAUAGUGGCUAUCCUCCGGCAUCCCACAAUGGCAUGCAGCCGGAGAGAGGGCAUGGACACUGGUCCCCUUCCAAUAACAGUCCUCAGUGGUCCGAACGGGAGCAGGUGAGGAAGAAAUUACUCGCAAUUUUCAAUGCACGUUUGGUGGACAGGGCCAUGGACAUGUUCCCAUAUCUCCUAGACCCACAAAGACUGGCAGCAGAGAUUUUGACCCUUCAGUCUCAGGAUGGGGCUUUAUGAUUUUUGCUGAAAGACUAGAUAAGACAAAGAUUCAGGCACCGAGUGUGCUACACCAAGGUCUCAACCUCAACCACAACAAGUGAUUUCGUCCCAGUCUGUCAUGUAAUGCUGUGUAGCUCCACCCACAGUGAAAUCUCAUUGGUCCAAAAUCCCUCACAUUUACUAUCAAAAAUCCCGGUCAGGACAUGU